UAUUACACUACUAUAUUAACGGUGAAUUUGUAUGUUUCAGGGAGGCCAGCAGCAAGGAUAUGGACAGUACCCCCAACCCCAACAAGGCUAUGGAUACCCCCCACAGCAAGGGUACCCUCCACCACAGGGGUACCCUCCACCACAAGGGUAUCAGCAAGGGUACCCGCCUCCACAAGGGUACCCGCCUCCACAAGGAUACCCGCCUCCACAGGGGUACCCCCAGCAGCCGGGAAUGCAACAGCAGCAGCAACAAGGAUCCUCAGGCAUGGGAAUGUGCGGAAUGGCCAGUCUCGCUGCGUGCCUCACUUGCCUUUUCUGCUCGUGUUGCCAAGCAAUGGCUGCCAUGUCUGGAGGCGGGGGCAACGAUGACGGGGGGGCUUACGGUCCCGGUGGGGGCGGUGGCACUGGUGGGGGAUUCGAUGACGGUGGUGGCACUACUGUCAGCCCCCCCGGCUUUGGGUCAGGCGCCCCUCACGAUGCUGGCACGGACGGACAUGACGAUCAUUAA